CACGUGAUCACCCUGCUUCUUCUCUUCGAACGUGGACGGGAUCAAUAUGGCCGCAUUGUUCUUUGUCCUUGCAAUUUUAGCUGUUUUUGCGCCUCUGAACUCGUCAGGGGAUACAUGUGUUGGAGCAAAACCAACCACAGACAUCUAUACCACAAGGAACAUUUUACUGUCAUCAGAAAGUGUGUUCAUUGUUGAGUUUUCCCUCAAAUGUGAGAAUGGUGCAAAGGAUGUAAACCUGUAUGCUGAAGUAAAUGGAAAAGUUAUGCCAGUCACAAGAUCCACUGAUGAUGCAUCAUACCAGGUCAGCUGGGCAGAGUCACACAAAGAAGCCAAAGCGGGUGUCUACAAAUUGAGUUUCUAUGAUGAUGAGGGAUAUGCAGCGUAUAGAAAGGCACAGAGAAGUGGUACACCAAGUGAAGCCAAGGCCUUGUUCUCCAUUGAUGUUAAUCAUCGGGGAGCUGGCCGUGAAGGAUUAUAUGUACAAACAGAGUUUAUCGCUGUUGUCGCAGCUUUGUUGAUUUGGUGGAGUGCCAACAAUGUUAAAAGUAAACUACAGGAAUCCUAGGCUGGCUCAAUAAGUUCAAAAUUUUUACUUCAUCCACAACUGUAAAACACUUUUUCUUUGUAUUUAAUAAAAUUGGAUACAAAAACAAGAACU